GCGGAGUAUACCAGCCAUUCCGGCGGUCGUCUAACCUUUUUAGGUCAAGUACAAUUUUUCGAGCAUGAAUCACUCAAUUUCCUCCCAACAGAUAAGCAAGAUUCUUUUUUGCCAGUGGAGAUUACUGUCUUAACGGCUGAAAUAUUCCAUUUCCAUUUCAAUUUCCAUUGUCACUGAUUCCGUGAAUCAACAAUCAAAACCCCAUUAUGAGACGUCGUUGUCAUUCCUUAGUCACAUUAGUGGCCAUGCUUGGAUCGCUUUUCACAGCAAAAGCUUGCGGAGUAUCGGUCCAUAAUGAAUUGACUUUCCGAUCUCUGCAUUUAUUUAAACCUCGGGAUCCUAUCCAGAACAAGUAUAAAAACAUAUUGCUUGAGUCAAAAAACUAUCUCCAAGCGGGUUCCUUCUUUCCGGACUGGGGUUAUCAAUGCCUGGGAUAUCAUCAACAAUCAGAAGAUGCACAUUGGGCACCUUUUAUUCGAACGGCCAUUGAGUAUAUAAAAGAUACAUAUCCUCAAUCCUGGGAUGAUCCGUCAAUAAAGGGCCUCGUUGCUUUCGUAUUUGCCAUCAUGUCUCAUGACAUGGCUGACGUCAAGUGGCACAGCUUGGGCGGACUAUCUAAUUAUUUCAUAGAAGCGAUGGCCCAUAUGGAUUUCCACGACAACACGGCCAGUGCUCAUACUGCCGCCGAUACAGGGGCUGAAUUCGCGUUACGGCACUCAACCAAGCUAGCAUACCUCAACGAAACAUGGAAAAUACCGAUCCGCGAUCUGGUGCAAAUUUAUACCCGCUUAUACAAAGAUUCACCGUCAAUGAUACCCUCGGAAGGCCAUCUCAGAUAUUGCAUGUCUAUCGCUUUUGCCGCCUUCAAAAUGGACCUCAAACUAGGACAGCAUUUGUUUGGCUAUUACGGUUCCAAGAGCCCAUUUCUCAUAGAAGAAUUAAACGAUUACCACAAAGGAGGAUUACAAGACAUGACAGCCAGCAUUACUGAAUGCUAUCAAGACAUGAUUCACCUCUUUGAAGGCGGAUCCGUUCCAACCCUCUGUGCUUCUUACUUUGACGACCACAGCACUUCCAUCAAGGAACCCAAUCAUCUGAUACCGAAUGUAUGCAUCGAUAAUACCUGUCCAGAGAUCCAUGAAUUAUAUGAAGAGAACACUGGAAUUUUGACGCUGUCUAUGAAGACGGGACAAAACGAGAUGGAAAAUGUCCAAGAUGCGGAGAUGGGAGGUAAGGAAGAGCUGCCAGAUGUAGUCCGCUUCCAUGGCUCUUCUCCGGUGGCCACAAAGCUGGAAUAUCAAGCCCAAGACGAAAUAUUUGAUCCAUUUGUCACAUCGUCCAAUGGAGCAACCCUUCAGCGAUUUCCGGGACAAUGCCAGUGGUUGAGCAAGCAUGUAGGGUUAGGCGAUAGCAGCACCUUUCUGCCACCCAUCACAUUGUCAUUACCUAUUUUGUCGGCGGCGGUUGGACAUGCGACGGCUACGGGUGAUUUUGAUGCGGAUGGUGAACUUGAUUUAGCCAUUUCCGCACCGUACCAUGACCUGCGCCAACCGGGAGCGACAAGCGUGGAAGAAAGUCUCAUGAAUGGCGUCGUGUUUAUUCUAAAUGGAACGAAAACCCGACUUUCCAGAUUAAUUCAGGAACAGCAUAUCAAUAUCACGGAUAUUCGGGAUGAAUCUCAAGUAAUAUUGACCGGUCACAGCGGCAAGGGCCGAUUUGGAUGGUCAAUGGCGACAGUGGACCUCAAUUGCGAUGGCAUUGACGAUUUGGCUGUGGCCUCCCCUUUUUCAAAUGAUCUUUCUGGUCAUGUGGAUGUUUUCUUUGGAAGAGCCAAUGCUGGUCAUGGGUUGUCUGAGGUACCGGAUAUUCGAAUCCAGCUUCCAUCGAUGGUCAACCGGAUGGAAGGCUUCGGAGCUCAACUUGCUGGUGUGGAUAUCGAUGGCGAUGGCCACAAGGACUUGAUCGUUGGAUGUCCUUACUGCUCUGUCAUGAAUGAAGUACAGGCGGGUGCUCUGUAUAUUUUCCUUGGUCGUUCCGAAUUUCAGGUACAGAAACCUGCUAUUCUCACGCGGCCUGAUUGGAUACUAGCGAGCCCCAACGUAAUGGGUUUUGAGCAUUUCGGCAGCGCUUUUGAAUUUAUCGAUUAUCACGAUGAGCCAUCAGGCGAAAGGCGGCGCGGUAUCUUGCUUGUAGGUGCUCCCGAUUCUCGAGUGCAUGAUUUACAACGUGCUGGACGGGUUUACUGCUUUGAACUAUUUGCCUCUAUUCGGCCGCAAUGGCGCUGGACCAUGUCAGGUGUGAACGAAUUUCAGCAGUUUGGAAGAGUCAUUAUCACCGGUAAAUCAGGGACCAGUCAACAGUACAUUGCUAUUUCGAGCCCUUCGGAGACCACUUGGAAUUCAAGGAUGCAACGGCGAUGGCAAGGCGGCGUAGUGCGAAUUUACGGUCGAGAGGCAUUGUUGAAUAUUCAAUACAUGAGCGGCGAAAUAUCUCUGGAAAAGGGAAUGCUGAGGCAAUUGAAUGGCAACGAGAUUGCAGGCCACCUGGGAGCUUCGAUGGCCUUCUUUGAGAGGGACAGCGGCGGGGUCGGUCUGUGGAUUGGCGAACCGAUGGGUGACAAAGAGAGGGGACGGGUAUAUCGAUGGAAUUUCGAAAACGAUGAAAUCGAAUGUAUCAAGAACUUGCCAACUCUGGUAAGCUGAGUAAUAAAAAAAGACGCAACGCAAGUGGUGCCUGAGAUAAUGUUGAUCGGGACCUGAAAUGAUAUUUUGGUUGGCACAGGCACGGUUUGGAUCUCAGAUCCGAUCAAUAGGAAACGAUGUUAUCUGUAUUACUUCGCAGCACUAUAGUGAUCAUGCUAGGUUUUCAGGGGCCAUCCAUUUGCUUCAGACGGUGUGAAAAUGGGAAUGAAAAAGCGAUGAUCAGGAGAUUGUGACUGAAACAUUCAAGGCACGGUUGACGGACAGACUCAGACUGGCUUAUUGCAUAACUAUGUUUCAGGGGUGGAAAAUAAAAAAAAAGUGGUCCAAGUUUCUCCCUGGGUUUUUCUUUUUUUUGGGGGG